AACGGAAAAAAUAGAAUAGCUGAAUACUUACCACGGCAAAAAUAAACAAAAACUUCAGCAAAAUAACAGCAAAGCAAUAACCUUGCAAAAAAACUAUAAGAAUAUUACUCUCAAGCAAUUCUAGCAGAUUCUACAAAUAUAUUGAGUACACCGUUGUUUGAUUAAGGCACAAUUAAUUCGACGUUCCGGAAGGAUACCAGUUCAUGCUUAUUCUGGGUACAUUUGAUAAGUGAGCAGCAGCGGCAAAAACACAAUAAAAGAACAUUUAAUGAACGGAAACGAAAGUUGCAUAAAUCACAAACUAGCUGAAAACCUGAAGCCAAUUACUUCCCAUCCACCAACAACCAAUAGAUACCACUGGCCACCUCUAAUAGCAACAUUACCCGAACAACAAUAAGUCCCAUUAGCAGCAUUAUCCGUGGAAUCCAAAAGCUAUCAAGAUGGCCACCGUAAACGUAAACCGCAGUGUGACGGACAUCUUCUAUCGCUACAAGAUGCCACGUCUGCAGGCAAAGGUCGAGGGCAAGGGAAACGGCAUCAAGACCGUGCUGGUUAACAUGGCGGAAGUGGCUAGGGCCAUCGGACGCCCGGCCACCUAUCCAACCAAGUAUUUUGGUUGCGAGCUGGGCGCACAGACACUGUUUGAUCACAAGAAUGAGCGCUUUGUUGUGAAUGGAUCGCAUGAUGUGAACAAGUUGCAAGAUUUGUUGGAUGGUUUUAUUCGCAAGUUUGUGUUAUGCCCCGAAUGCGACAAUCCGGAGACCAAUCUAACUGUGUCCGCCAAAAACCAGACCAUUUCGCAGUCUUGCAAGGCAUGCGGCUUCCACGGUCUGCUCAAAGUUAACCACAAAGUAAACACAUUUAUUGUGAAGAACCCUCCAUCGCUUAAUCCGGCCGCCCAAGGAUCUUCGCUAACCGAGGGCAAACGCUCGAGGAAGCAGAAGCAGAAGAACGAUGCCGAUGGCUCCAUGACCAACAACUCAUUGGCUAACAACUCUGGCGGUGAAUCGGAUGGCGGCAAUGGCACAAACCAGGCUAGCCAAACUGAGGCCGAGAUUAGCGCUGCUAUUCCGGAGAAAACAGCCAAGGAUGACGAUGAUGAGGGAUGGAGUGUCGAUGUUUCAAAGGAGGCUAUUCGUGCUCGUUUGCAAGAUCUGACAGAUGGUGCUAAGGGUAUGACUAUUUCGGAUGACUAUGAUAAAACUGAGAAGGAGCGCAUUGAUAUUUUCUACGAGUUGGUUAAGGACAAGCGGGACAAGAAGCAAUUGGAGGAUGUGCAAACUCACAAGGAGUUGGUGAUCGAAGCAGAACGUUUGGAUAUUAUUAACAAGGCUCCAUUGGUUCUUGCCGAGCUGCUUUUCACUGAAAACAUUAUCAAGGACGUGCAGAAGAAUCGCCCUUUGCUACUUCGCUUCACUCUCAAUAAUCCAAAAGCACAGCGUUAUCUAAUUGGUGGAGUUGAGCAAACUGUCGAGCUGCAUAAGGGUACACUGAUGAGCAAGGUAGCUGGAAUCUUUAAAUUAUUUUAUGAUUUGGACAUACUCGAUGAGGCCGUCAUACUGGAGUGGGCACAGAAGGUCAGCAAAAGACAUGUCUCCAAAAAUAUUGCUGCCGAGAUUCACGAGAAAGCUAUGCCGUUCGUUCUCUGGCUAAAGAAUGCCGAAGAAGAGUCCUCCGAAAGUGAGGAGGAGGAGGACGAGGAAUCUGAUGAGGAUAACUACGUUUCCAGUGCCGGCCAACGCGGCGGUCAGCGUGUCGUUCCGCGCGCAGUUCCACGCGCCGUUGCAGGUGACGAGGAUGACGAGGACGACGUGAACAUCGACGAUAUCUAGAAGAAAAACAAGAGAACAGCUACUUUCCUCAAACCAGUAAUAAUUUGGAAAGGGAAGAUCAAGCAAGCAAGCGCAAUCUACAAUUCAAACUGAAAUAUAAAUUAGCGAGUUAAAUCAACAUGUGGUUUUUUGAUCUUUAGUUCUUAAGAGUGCUAAUCGUAUUUUGAUUUAUCGCUUUACUACCAUUUACUAUACAUUACAUUUCCCACGCCGCUGUAACAAUAGAAAACAACUAAAUUACACCAACACAUAUAUUACAAAAUAAAGCAAAAAAAAUGAA